AUGAACUACUUUGGAAACAGCUGAUUGAAAUUGUAGAAAUAAUAAACAAUAAAAUAAGUUUUGGUCAAUAUGCGCCGCCGAGUGGGGUUGGGUGCCAUACAACAGCAAAAGUUGGCUGCAGAGAAAUAUAAGGAUAAGGGAGCCGAUUUGCAGGAAUCCCAGUUGGAGCAAAUGACUAAGCAAUUGGAUGUGUUCCGCAAUAAAUUAGAAGAGUUUGCCAUGAAGCACAAGGAGGAUAUUCGCAAGAAUUCUCAGUUCCGUAAGCAGUUUCAGGAGAUGUGUGCUGCCAUUGGUGUGGAUCCUCUGGCCACUGGUAAAGGAUUCUGGAGUGUGCUUGGCAUGGGCGACUUUUAUUACGAGCUCAGUGUGCAGGUUGUGGAAGUUUGCCUUGCUGCCAAUCACAAAACUGGUGGCCUUAUGGAACUGGAUGAACUGCGUCGUCGACUUAUAGCUGCUCGUGGUCAGAAUGCAGUGCAUCAAGAGAUUACAAAGGAGGAUAUACUAAUGGCGGCGAAAAAAUUGAGCAUCUUUGGCAAUGGUUUUGUUAUCCAUAAGCUGGGCAAAGGCAAAUACAUGGUUCAAUCUAUUCCGGGCGAGCUAAGCAUGGAAGAAACAAACAUACUCAGUGCUGCAUCCAAUACAGAAUUGGGCUGUGUUACUCAAAAGCAGCUCAUAAAAGAUUUGGGAUGGACCGACUACCGGACAAAGCAGGCACUAGACAAAGUAUUGGGUGAAGGUCUCUGCUGGAUUGAUAGACAAUCGGAUGCACCAAGUUACUGGUUUCCCAGUUUGUUCCCUGGCCGCAAUGCCGCAUAGUUUUUCGCACAGAAAUUUAUUAACUAUAAUUAUGUCAAAAAUAUGUCGAGUCUGUACAUACAUAUUUAUUUAGCAACUAUAAAAUAUAAGUACAUGUAUAUACAUGUAUACAUAAA